GAAAUUUCAGAUGUGGCUACAGCGACUUUUCUUCCAAAUAGCAGGGAACUGGGGCUACAUUAGUCGACCGACCUAGUCUACAAAUACAAGAGAAAGAGACUACUAAGUUGUGACCCCUCUCGGGUAGAUAAGUUUUGACUACUCAUACUCGUGCCAACAUCAGCCAAGUGCUACGUACUUACUUAAUAGCUGAACUCUAGACACAAGCGGUUGCCACGCUAACACGUCGAAAGAUGGACAAAAGUAGCACUAUCUUUCUAGCUGUUGCCUUUAUUUGUCGAAUUAUCGUGGUAGAGCUAGACAACUAGAGUUACGAACUUGUCUCAUUGACAGCGUUACUUUUGUAGAGAUAGAAAGCUAUUGAAAAAGUAUAAAGGCUCUGGCAUUCCGCUAGAAAGAAAAUAGAAGUCAAACAAGUCCACAUAGCUUCAUCCUGUGGCUAAUUUGACACGCCGCCCACUAGAGCGUCGCAGGGGUCAGUAGCCCGCUCUGGUUCGUCAUCAAGUAGAUUACUCAGCUUUGACGAAAUGCCAUUUACUCAGUAGCUACUUCCCUCCUCAGUAGUCUAACAGCUCGAGACAUUUUCAGUAGUCUGGCAGAGUACCUAUGACAACUUUAACUUGAAGGAGAACGAGUGGAACUAGAUAGCAAGAACUAACUGCGCAGCGUCUCGCUCUUUGCACUCAUUAUACUUCAAGAAGAACUCACUGGGCUACUAGCUGCAGAGCGAAAUAGCAGCACUACUACCAGCACCAAUCUGAAAAGACGUCGACGUGGAUACAGAACAGCAAUGACCUAACACAUAGCACAGCUCCAGCAUCUUCUUCGUACUACAAGAAGUGCCAAAAUGCCGUGCGCCACCAAGGCUAAGAACAAAGAGCCACAGUCCGCACUAACACCACGACAAAAGUGCAUGUGGCUGAAGAUUGAGGAGAAUAGAAAGAGGAGCGGAGAUCCUCCUGCCUUAGGUAAGAAGCUGUUCGAGGACUUGGCUAAGAA